GCAGAUUAAUGUUACUGGCACGAGGAUAUGUAUGCUUUGACAAGAGGCUCCACUAAAAUUUCAACUCACCCAAGAAGAGGGCCGACGCAGCUGAUCGACAGGGUUGAAAGUCGAGACCUAGCAAAGCGUGAGCCUUCGGGCCCCGCUCCAAUGACGUCUCCAAGGCCCCUGUUUAAUGACAAAAAGACUGCGGUUGUGAGACCCGUAACAAGAAUGGCUCCAGAGCCGGUGACUCCCCACCAUGAAGAUAAUGUCAAAUUCUUACUGCAAGCAUGGCAGCAAGUGCAGAGAGAAAUUGAAAUGAGUCAGAAGUCGGGAAAAGACGGGCCUAUUUUUUAUCAGGAGAAAACUCCAAAUCCUAAAUUAUCAGAUUUUGAGCCUUUUGAUUUGGAAUCUUGGUGGGGCAAGAGAACACUAGAAAAAAUACACCAGUCGUCCUGAGGAAGGCUGAGACUUAGAUCAAUUUUACAUAAUAAAUGAAAUUUGUACAAGAAGUUGUAUAUAGACUAUCCAAGUUCCAAGAUGACUCUCUCUUAAAGACAACGUUACUUAGUACAGCAGACUGUAAGACAAGUUCAUCAAAUCCAUGUUGGCAAUACGAAUUUGUGAAUCCAGGAGUGUCAGUUUUUUGGUAUUUGCACAUUUCCAAAAAAAGAGAAAAAAACAUGGUUUAGGGUUUUAAAUGGUACUAGAGGGACGUGUCCAACUGGACACUGAAAAGGAUUUGCCCAUUUCUUAUUUCACCACUAUGAAGACGGUUAUUUACAAAUUCUACAUUGUUAUUUUUUACAUAUAUACUGAAUUGUUCCUUGUUGGAGAAGGAGUAAUGUUUUAUUAUAGCAUUUACCACUAGGAUCACUGCCAGUGUGUGCUAUGCACAGAUCAAUGUGGCAAAUUGAUGUAACAUAACAUUUGUACAUAAAUAUGCAAUUGAAAAAAGUUGUUG